CUAUUGAUUUGGAAUAAAUAAAUAAAAUAAUGGAAACAUCGUCACAUAUCAGCUGUGAUUCGUUCAAUGUUGAAUGAAUCUUGACUGUUGUAUUUCGUAAACAUAAAAUGGAAUUAGCAAACGUCAUAGUUGUGUUUUAAUAAAUUUGUUUUGUUCCUAAAUUUGUGUUGACCUGUCAGUUUUGUAUAUGUUUCCUGGGUGAAAUCAGUGAGUUUAUUUUGUAUGUUUUAAGUGUCUAAUGUUGUCAAAAAAUGAAUUGGUUCGAUGCAUCGGGGCUAACAAGUUUAGCCAAAUCAGCUUUAAAGGAGGCCCAGAAAACUAUCGAUAAGGCUCUCGACAUUGAUGAUGACAGCAGCGAGGAUCAAGAAGAGCCAACUGGGACAUCUACUUCUAAGUCAACACCUACCAGAAGUAUGAAUGAAAAAGAUAAUUCAGACUUCUUUUCUUCUUGGGGCUUAACGGUGAGUGCGGAAAGUGAGAGAGAAAAUCCAAUACAGGAACAGCCCGUCGUCACAAUGAGUCCAUCUAAAUCUAAUUCCCAAAGUUUAUGGGGAUCCUUUGCUGGUUCCUUUUUUGAGCAAACAAAAUCUGAAAGUGAGACAAUAGUCCGACCACCCAAGGCAAAGUCUAUGAACCUUAUUUCAGAUAAAUAUGACAGCCAAGACGAUUUGUUUUCUUCUAGUCAGUUAGUGAUGUCGGACGGUGGAGAAAGUGGGAAUGUAAAGAAAGAAGUUCCUAAAUCAGAGGACCGUCGUGACUCAACUAUGUCAAAUGUUUUGUCAUUUAUGUCCAGCAGAAAUAGCUCUGAUUCAGUGGAGGUUCUGUCACAAAGUUUGAAGUCAUCACCAGAGUCAGAAGCAGCUUCUUGUCAUACAAUCUCCAAUUCCCACAGCAGUAGCGUUGGUGUUAAGCAUAAUUCUGAAUCAGUUGAAAUAUUACCUGACAGCCUUGUGAGUCCCAGCUCUAUAGAGUGCUUAGGCUUUGACAGUUAUGCAAGUGACAAAAACAGCAGCAAUUCUUCUAAUCUGUCUCCAGGCGAGACAUCAGACAAGAAGUCUACACCGGUCGGAGAAAGAACUGAGAGGGCUGAAACUGCAGACAGUGUGAGUUUGGUAGCAGAUGACGAUGAGGAUACCAUGUCUUAUAACUCAAUUUCUGAAUGCACGGCCCCCACAGUCCUCGAUACCGAUGACAACUCCAUGAAUCCUUUUCCAAAACUUGCCAGAUCCGAAUUUAAAAAAACGAAUGAAAGGGAUCUCGUUUAUUUAGAGCAGCCUCUGGCAUCCCAUAAGAUGCAAUUAAGUGAAAACUCUUCUAAUGACGGCUCUUGGUCAGACAGAACCCUAAAUGCUGAUAAUGAAAGUGUUAUCUUAGAAAAGUCUAUAGAAGAGCAGAAAAAAUAUAGCCAGGAGGAUGUUCUAAUAGAUAAACUAAGUGAUUCAUCUUCAUUUUAUAAUGUCAACGUCACCAGUGAUUUAUUGCAGUCUGAGAGUUCUGCUUUUGUGAAUGUAGAGAAACAACAAUGUAGUCACUCUACUAGUAAUGAUUCAUCCCAGAGAGAUACCAGUGUGAAGGAGAGGACCUCUCCUGUGAGUUCCGACAGCAAAAGUGAUCUGGUCAAGAUUGGUUCCGACCAAACCUCGGGUCAUACCUCUGGUGAUGAACUGGAGACUGCCACAUCUUCUGACAUAGAAAUCAUUCCGAGCCCAAACGGCGAAAGCAGCAACGGCUGCAGAAAUAGUCCAGGAAAAUAUGGCUUCAAAGCAAAAGUAGACGGGGCCACUUCACCCAAUCUUGUAGAUUUAGUUUUAGGAAAGAGCCUGGCUUCUAAGAUACGCGGACAUAAUAGAGAAUUGUCAGAAGCCUCGAUACAGAGCAACACCAGUGACGAUAGCCAGGGUUCAGAUAAUGAUAAACUGAUGCGAAGGUUGUGUGAGAUGACCGAGAUCUUAGAUGCGAGAGAAUCGAGGUUGAUGGAGGUCAGCCGGAAUAACGCGGAGCUGGCCGAAUGUAACGCCAGCCUCAAGAGUCAGAUCGAAAGUUUACUGAACAAGCAUGACGGAGGAGACAUCAACACGAUCACAGAGGACUACACUCAGAGGAUGUCCGCUCUGGAAAAGAAGUUCCAGCAGGCUAUCAGGGAGAAGGAUCAAUUGAGGAAGCAGUUAGACACAUUGAAAUCGGACACGACACGCAAGAACUCGUCGGAGCUGGAGAACACUAUAAAGGAGAAGGACGAGAUGAUCUCCCAGCUCCAGGAGGAGGGAGAGAAGCUGGCGAGGCACGAGCUGCAGCACACCAACAUCAUCAAGAAACUACGCGCUAAGGAAAAAGACAACGAACAGGUCAUAAAGGGAUUGAGAGACAAGAUAGCUGAUCAGACGAGUGAACUGGAGCGAAUGAAGAGGUGUCUGUCAGCCAAGGAGGAGCUGGAGGUCAACCAGAUAGAGGCCGUGUACAGGCUCACGGCCACUAACAAGACUCUGGAGGCCGAGCUGGCAGAGACAAAGAGCUCCCUAGACGACACGACUCAGAGGCUUGCGACGAGCCGCGCGUCUCUGGAGGCGGCGCGGCGGGAGCUGGCCGAGCUGCAGAGAGGAGGGGCAGAGACGACCAGGCUCAGGGACGAGCUGCAGCACGCUCGGGAGGAAGCCCGCCUCGCCCGGGAACACGCGGCCGCCCUUCUAGAGGAGACGAGGCUGCUCAGGACUGAGAGACGAGCCGAGGAGCAGCGCUGGGCGGCGCGCGAGGAAGCUCUGCGGCGCGAGGUGCGAGCCGCCGCGGAGGCACGCGCGGUGGGCGAGGCCACGGACGACCACGACACGGCGCUUCUACAGCAGUUGACCGCUCUCCAGAGAGCCGCGCUCGCCCGGGAACAGGAACAACGACUCUACCGGACCGCGCUCGACGCUAGGCUCGCGGAGGCAGAGACGACGGCUGCCAAGGCCAAGGAGAGGGAGAGACUGCUGAGAGAAGACAACACCUCCCUGGCGGAGACACUGGCGGAGGAAAGGAGCCGGGGGGAGGAGCGGGAGGAGAGGAGCAGGGCGCUGGAGCAAGAGCUGCGGGAGGCCAGGGACACGAUACACACGCUCACACGCGACCUGGACAGAAAAACAACGGAGUUAGAACAGAUCCGGGUAGAAAGUGAGAGGCAGAUAGAGGAACUGAGGACGAGAGUGAGCGAGACGGAACACUCGCUGGCCGAGGAAAAGGCGGCCCUGGACACUGAGAGGAGGAGGAACGCCAUACUGCAGGUACGGGGAGCCAGUGAGGGCAGCGGGGAUGGGACUUGUACCACUUAUGUAAAUGAGCAAACGGAGCAAGUGUCCAGUCGCGGCGACGUGUCCCCGGCGCGCUCCGUCACGUCCGACCUCGGCUCCACUUCGUUUUGGACUGAGGAGGCGGCGGGGAGCAGCGCGCUGGCCGUGGAGCAGGCGCUGAGUCAGAUGACGCGCCAGUGGGGCUCCCGCCGCGGCCGAGACGACGUGCUGGCCCGCCUGGCCGCCGAGCGCGCGGCGCUGGCCGGGGAGCUGGCGGCCUUGCGGGCGCGCCUCGCGGACCACGAGCACGCGCGCUACGACGAGCUGCUGCAGAUGUACGGCGAGAAGGAGGAGCAGCUGCACGAGCUGCGGCUCGACCUCCACGACGUCACGCAGCUCUACAAGCAACAGCUGGACGAGCUGCUGCUGCUCAGGAGACGCCUCGACGAGCGCACCUGAACCGACCCGACUCAUCUCGGUGCAUUUUAGUCUGCUCUUUGAAUCGCGUGUCUUAUGACGUAAGAGAGGCUUAGGAAAACUUAAAGACAAUAAGAAGCCGUUACUGCGACACAUUUAUUUAUUAAAAGAUUAAAAACAUAAUAUGCAAAUUAUUAUUCGAUGAAUCGUGACUGCACGAGUCUCCGGCUGCGCGGGGGGGGGGCGGUUCUAUAAAAUGUUAGAUGUAAAUAACUCUAUGUAUGGGAGAUGGCCGACUCGCUACCAGCUCAUUGAAACAUUUGAAUCGGAAAUAUAUUAUAAUAUAAUUGUGAAUUGUUAUAAACUUUUAUUAUUUAAAAAAAAUAUUAAGUAGGAAAUAUAAAAUAUAUAAAAUUGACUUAAAUUCAUCUCUAUUGCGUCAGACGAUAGCUUAAUGGUUAUUAUUAAAUAUAUAAAAGUA